AUGUCUUUCUUCAAACGCAACAAUAGCAAGCCUCUCAUCCCUCCAGUGGAAUCGGAUAGCCUCAAGUCGGGGGGAAACAGCACCUCGCCCCGUCCGUACCGCUCCAGUGCUGCGACUUACAUCCCUAGCCGGGAUGGUGAUCAAUAUAGUGCGCCUUACCGGUCGUCACCUGCGCCAGCUCCCCCGAGCAACGAUCAGCCGACGUCUUUGCAGGAUAGGUAUAGUCGAAACAGAGGUGUAGGCGAUGCAUACUCUAGAGGCGAAGGCAACCUCGACCAGGACCGCAACGAGCUCUUCUCCGGAUACAAUCCAGAGAAGCAAGGCUCAGGGAGAUUCUUCGACGGACCGCCAAGGUCUGGUAGAGGCACUCCCCCUCCUGGAGAGGAGAACGAUGAAGAUGUUGAAGGAAUCAAGCAGCAGACACGUUUCGUCAAGCAGGAGAGUGUCGCCUCGACUAGAAAUGCUUUGCGGCUGGCCCGUGAAGCAGAAGAGACUGCAAGGAAUACUUUGACAAGGCUUGGUGAUCAAUCUGAGAAGCUCGCUAACACCGAGCGCCACCUUGACGUGGCCAAAGGCCAUUCACAGCGGGCUGAUGACCGUACUGACGAACUCAAACAACUCAACCGGUCCAUAUUCAGGCCCGUGAUCACCUUCAACAAAGACGCCAAGAGAGCGGCACAGGAGGCCAAAGUGCAGGCUCGCUAUGAUGAGGAACGAGAGGAACGGGAGAAGGGCAUGAUGGAUAUUCGCGAGACUCAGAAUCGUAUUGGACGAGCUGCAACAUAUGGACGAGAAGAGGGUGGAAGUAGAUUCAAGACAGCGGAGCAGUUGGCGUCAAGGAAGGAGCAGCAGAAGCGGUACAAGUUUGAGUCCACCGCAUCGGACGACGAGAUGGAAGACGAAUUGGACGACAACCUUGAUGAGAUUAGUGACAUGACCAAGCGGCUGAAAGCAUUGGGCACAGCCAUGGGUCAAGAGCUUGAUAACCAGAACUCUCGAAUUGAGCGCAUUGAAGGAAAGACGGUUGGAUUGGACAGCAGGAUCUUCAGGAAUACGGAGCGUCUCAAGAAGAUCAAGUAA